AUGGUCAACAUCACCUAUGGCAUCCUCGUCGCGCCCGACGGCAUGACCGAGGGCUCCAUCUCGCUCAGCGAGCAGGGCACCGACAUGAUCGUCACCUACGGCGCGAACAACGAGAUGAUCGCGUCGUACAGCCCCGGCGACAUUGCCUGGGUGCUCACUUGCACGGCGCUCGUGUGGAUCAUGAUUCCCGGCCUCGGCUACCUGUACUCGGGCCUGGCGCGCCGCAAGAACGCGCUGCACAUGCUCCUCAUGACGAUCAUGGCGCUCGCCGUCGUGUCGAUCCAGUGGAUCUUCUGGGGCUACUCGCUCACCUUCUCGCCCACCGGCGGCGCCUUCCUCGGCAACCUCGACCACUUUGGCUUCAUGGGCGUGCUCGAGGCGCCCAGCGCCAACGCCAACAACAAGAUCCCCGACAUCGUCUACGCCAUGUACCAGUGCAUGUUCGCCGGCCUCGUGCCGGCGAUUGCCAUCGGCGCCGCGUGCGAGCGCGCGCGCGUCUGGCCCUUCCUCGUCUUCACCUUCGUCUGGGCCACGCUCGUGUACGACCCCAUCGCGUCGUGGGUGUGGAACGGCCCCGGCUGGGCGUUCAAGUGGGGAGUGCUCGACUACGCCGGCGGCGGCCCGAUUGAGAUCUGCUCCGGUAUCACGGGCCUCGUCAUCAGCUACUACCUCGGCAAGCGCCGCGGCUACGGCACGGAGCGCCUGCUCUUCAAGCCGCACAACGUCUCGCACGUCGUGCUCGGCACGUCGCUGCUGUGGUUCGGCUGGCUGGGCUUCAACGGCGGCUCCACGUUCGCCGCCAACCUGCGCGCCGGCAUGGCCAUCGCCACAACGAACACGUGCGCCGCCAUGGCCGGCCUCACGUGGAUGGUGCUCGACUACCGCCUGGAGCGCAAGUGGUCCGUCGUCGGCUUCUGCACGGGCGUGAUUGCCGGCCUCGUCGCCAUCACGCCGGCGGCCGGCUUCAUCGGCGUGCCCGCCUCGCUCGCCGUCGGCUUCCUCUCGGCGCUGCUCUCCAACUUUGCGACGCAGCUCAAGGUCUUCAUGCGCUGCGACGACGCCAUGGACGUCUUCGCUGUGCACGCCCUCGCCGGCUGGGUCGGCCUGCUCUGCACGGGCCUCUUCGCCCAGUCCUCCGUCGCCGCCAACGACGGCUUCCAGGAGAUUCCCGGCGGCUGGUUCGACCGCCACUGGAUCCAGCUGGCCAUCCAGCUGGCCUGGUGCGUGGCCACGACGGCGUGGACCGGCGGUGUCACCUUUGCCAUCAUGCUCGUCAUCGACCACAUUCCCGGCAUCGGCCCCUUCCGCGCCUCGGAGACGGCCGAGAUCAUCGGCGUCGACGAGGAGCAGCUCGGCGAGUUCGCGCAGGACGUCUACUACUUCAACCGCGACCUCGAGGGCAACUGCACGCCCGAGGACCUCGGCCACGUCAGCAAGCGCCCCGCGCAGACGCUGCGUCCCGACGAGAAGCAGGCCAGCGACGCGGCCACGAGUGCCAGCUCCGACGACCAGCCGCAGGCUGCGCCGGCGGUCGGCACGGCCGCAUAG